UGUACGCAUACACUCUCAGUGUUAAAAGUAUUUUUUUUUAAUGUAUUUAUCUAUUUUACUAUAUUCAGUCAUGGCUAUAGCGAUAUUAUCUACCUGACCUGUGGUUUUGCCAGAUGUAGUCCGUGACAGUUAACCGCGGUGACAGACAGCUUCACUGACGACUACAGCCUUAUGAUGACAGAGCGGCGGUCAUAUAACUUCACAGUUUGGUUUUAAAAAAGAAAAGUGUAACAGUCCACCGCACAGGAGGUCCUGAGGACCUGAGGUCCAGUAUGGAAUAUCUGGGUUCAACGAGCUCUGCUGCUUACUUUCACACGGCUCCCCAAAGACCCAGACACCCGAUCAACGAAACCACCAUGCGAGACAGCUACAGGAGCUACCGCCCGCCACAGCACCACUCCCUGGUCUACAGCCACAAGGUUCCGUGGGGCGGCUGCGUGGAAUCCGGCGGAGACCUCCCCAUGUUGAACACAGCCCGUAGUUUUAGUCAUCACACUCCCGAAGACUGGUUCCGGUCCAACCGGGCCCACUACCAGCAGUCGGACGCAUGCAGGCGCAACGCUGAGAAACUGUGGGUCGACACCUCGCAGAUGAUCCAAAGCAAAGAGCAGCUCACCCGACGGGCUCAGGCGGAGACGGACCAGAGGCUCGGGGUGCGGAUCGACGACAUCGCCCACUGGAGCUCGGAGCUGAACUUUGAGCUGGAGCAGAUGAGCAAGGAAAGCGAGCUCCUGCAGCAUCUGAAGAGACGACUGUGCAGAGCACUGCAGGAGAUCGAGGGGCCGCUACAAAUGGCCCAGGAAUGCUUGUUCCACCGGCAGAAGAGGAUGGGCAUUGAUCUGGUUAAAGACCUGGUGGAGAAGGAGCUGGUUGAGGAAGUUAUUGGGAUUAAAUCGAGUCGGGAGCAGAUCAGGAGGUUUAUAGACACAUCUGCAAAGCAGCUGGAGGCUAACCGCAGUGCUCAGCACGGCCUGCAGAGGGACCUCUCUGAUAAACAGAUGGCCUAUCAGAUCGAUGCCAGGUGUCACAGACUCCGGAGUGCCACUGCUGGCAUCAACUACUUCCCUGGAGUGGACAGGAUGGAUCUGAGCAUUUCUCUCCCGGAGUCCUGGGCAAAGUGUUCGGACAACAACAUCCUGCGAUCCCAGAGAGAGCACUCCGUGUCAGCAAGGCUGCGGGGCGAGGCAGAGCGAGCCAUGGAACUGGCCUCCAGACACAUGUGGAGCCAGUACAACACAGUCAACGUGGCCUUCGCCAACCGCAUCCAUGAGAUUGCCAGCGCCAAGAGCAAGCUGAAGACCCACUUAGACCAGACUGUCCAGCAGAUCUUCCAGACAGAGAGGACCAUCUCCCAAAUCGAGAGGGCCCUCCGAGAGAAAGAAGGCCCCCUGAAGCUGGCUCAGACGAGAAUGGAAGAGAGGACAAGGAGACCCAAUUUUGAACUGUGCCGUGACCCCCCGCAUCUGAAGCUGGUGGAGGAGAUCCACAGUCUCCAGGACACGGUUAGGACUCUGAGGCUGGGCUUGACAGAGGCGCGGAGGACCCUGCAGGAUCUGGUGAAUACCAAGUCCCUGCUGGAGAGCGACCUGUCCAGGAAGGCUCACUCCCUCUUCAUCGACCAGGAGCUGUGCAUGGGAUUGCGCAGGAUCUACCCCAGCACCCCCAGGCUGCUGGGGUACACCUAA